GUGAUGAAUGAAGACGGUCAAACCAGCACCAUCAGAGAUAAGAUCCUAACGAUCGAUGUGCAGCCGGGGUGGAAGCAGGGCACCAGGAUCACCUUCGAGAAGGAAGGAGACCAGGGCCCAAAUGUCAUUCCAGCCGACAUCACCUUUGUUGUCCAAGAAAAACUCCACCCGAGGUUCAAAAGAAGCGAUGACAACCUCAUUUACGUCGCCACCAUCCCCUUGGGAAAGGCGCUGGUCGGCUGCACGGUGGACGUGAGGACGCUGGACGGGCGGCUGCUGAAUAUCCCCAUCAACGACAUCGUGGACCCCAAGUACUGCAAAGUGGUGCAAGGGGAGGGGAUGCCGCUGCUGCAGGACCCCCGGCACAAGGGUGACCUCCUCAUCUAUUUCAACAUCUGCUUUCCCAAGAAGCUCACGCCUGACAAGAAGAUGCUGUUGAAAAGCGCUCUCCUGUCCUAG